AUGUCAGCAGAUCAUACGAGAGAUCCAUGUCCAAUAGUGAUAUUGAAUGAUUUUGGAGGUGCUUUUGCAAUGGGAGUAAUUGGUGGUUGUGUAUGGCACGGUAUAAAAGGUUUUAGAAAUUCACCUCAUGGUGAAAGAGCAUAUGGAGCUUUAUCAGCUAUAAAAGCAAGAGCACCAGUAGUUGGAGGUAAUUUUGGUGUUUGGGGUGGAUUAUUUUCUACAUUCGAUUGUACUGUUAAAGCAGUUAGAAAAAGAGAAGAUGCUUGGAAUGCAGUAAUUGCUGGUUUUUUUACUGGUGGUGCAUUAGCUAUAAGAGGUGGAUGGAAACAUACUAGAAAUUCAGCUAUAACUUGUGCUUGUUUGUUGGGUGUUUUUGAAGGUGUGGGUAUGAUGAUGCAAAGAUUACAAGCUCAACCAACUAUGGCUCCAGUUUAUCCUGAAGAGCCAGCUAAAUUGGCAGCUUAA